AUGAAAAAGAAGGAGGGAUGGAAGAAGAAGCUAGCACAUGAAGAACAUCUGGUGAAAAAGAAGGAGGAAUGGACGAAGAAACUAACGCAUGAAGAAGACCUGGCAAAAGAGAAGGCCGAGAAGGCAAAGGAUAAACAGAAGCAGUUAGUAGCACAUUAA